AUGAUAGCGGAAAUUCCCGACACUGAGGCGGAAAUAGAGCCGAGCUCGGACCUGGAAAUUCAGUAUGGAGGGGGGUUUAUCCGGGAUGAUCCAGAUGUUAAGAAAGGCAAGACUCGAAGAGUGACACGGAGAAGAACCCGUACACAAACGGGUGAACUCAGGCGAAUCAACUACAACGAGGAUGAGGAUGGGCAGCCCGGCGUGAAGAGGGCAUCGAGGAGGGCAAAAAAAGCACCAGUUAUCAAAAUUGAAGAUGAUGUAGACGGGGAAGACGGAGAUUAUGUUCUCAGUGCAGAGGACGAAGUUUACGAAGUUGAGGAGGAGGAGCGGGACCUAUAUCAUCCGGGGGAUGAGCUUAAUGAUGACGUGGUUGUCGUGAAGGCGGAAAAGGUGGAAAAUACACCUGAAGUGCCUAUUGAUGUGGAAGAUGAAGAGGUUGGACAGGCAGAAGGUGGCAAUGAGAAGAAAAGAAGAAGAGGCGGAAAGACAGGCGGGAAACGCAAGAGAAAGGGCAAGAAGAAGCCGAAAAUCAAGCUGACACCCUUCCAGAGGCGGACAAACAAGUUGAUGGAGGCACAUCCAGAGCUGAAAGACGUGUUUAAGGCUUUGGAAGAGACGCCUGAAAGAAAAGCAGAGCGAAUGAAGCAGCCGGACGGACUGACGAUCACCUUGCUCCCAUUUCAGCAGGAGGGCCUGCACUGGAUGGUGGAGCAGGAGCAGAACUCAAGCUACAACGGCGGGAUCUUGGCAGAUGAGAUGGGCAUGGGCAAAACGAUCGAAAUGAUCUCUCUAAUGAUGUGGGACCGGUCCAAGACUCCGAACUUGGUCGUUGCACCGACGGUGGCGUUGAUGCAGUGGAAAUCAGAGAUAGAGAACCACGCUGGCGGUGCCUUGAAGGUGUAUUUGUACCACGGGGCGAACCGCGCGAAGUCGUUGCAGGAAUUGCAAGAUUACGAUGUGAUUCUCACGUCUUACGCAGUUGUGGAGAGCGGGUACCGGAAGGAGAAGUACGGGUUCAAGCGGCAUGGCCGGCGGGUCAAGGAGCGGAGUCUUAUUCACCAGAAGCAGUUCUACCGGGUGGUUUUGGACGAGGCCCACAACAUUAAGGACAGAACGAGUUCGACGGCACAUGCUGCAGAUCACCUUAACUGUGAGAAGAGGUGGUGCCUAACGGGAACACCGCUCCAGAACAGAAUCGGCGAGUUGUACUCGUUGAUCCGGUUUUUGGAUUUGCAGCCGUUUUGCUGCUACUUCUGCACGAAAUGCAGCUGUGCAUCGAAAGAAUGGAAUUUCCCAGACUACAAGGUGUGUGCAGCGUGCGGACAUGCCCCCAUGUGCCACAGCAACUUCUUCAACCACUUCAUGUUGAAGAACAUCCAGAAAUACGGGCUGGAGUUCGAGGGAAAGGAGGCUUUCCAUCGGUUGCAACUUCUCCUCAGGCAGAUCAUGCUCCGGCGGACCAAAGUGGAACGUGCGGACGACUUGGGGUUGCCGCCGAAAAUCGUCGAAAUCCGUCGCGACUACUUCAACCCGGAGGAGAAGGACUUGUACAUGUCGUUGUUCACCAACUCGAAGCGCCAGUUUGAUGACUACGUUGCCAAGGGUGUUGUUUUGAACAACUACGCCAAUAUAUUCACGCUCAUUACCCGGAUGAGGCAGUUGGCCGACCACCCGGACCUUGUUUUGAAGCGGCUCAAGCCAGCUGCUGCCCAGCUCACGGAUCAGGACACCAGAGACUUGUUGGCGGGUGUUGUUGUGUGCCAACUCUGCGAUGACGAGGCUGAGGACCCCAUCGUGUCCAAGUGCCACCACAAAUUCUGCCGGAUGUGCAUCAGCGAGUAUAUCGACAGCUUCGAAGGUGACCAACGCCAGUUGAAGUGCCCCGUGUGCCAUAUUCCGCUCAGUAUCGACCUCGAGCAGCCGGCAAUCGAGCUGAAUCCGGCCAUCGCCGACAAGAAAAGCUCCAUCGUCGACCAGAUCAACAUGUUGGGCAGCUGGAAGUCGUCGACCAAGAUCGAGGCACUCAUGGAGGAGCUCUACAAGUCGAGGUCCGACCGCAAGACCACCAAGUCGAUCGUCUUCUCGCAGUUCACGUCGAUGCUCGACUUGGUCGAGUGGCGGUUGAAAAGAGCCGGUUUCGCAACUGUCAAAUUGCAGGGCUCCAUGACCCCGGUCCAGAGGCAGGAGUCCAUCCGGUACUUCUUGGAAAAUCCGUCCGUUGAGGUCUUCUUGGUCUCAUUAAAGGCCGGGGGUGUCGCACUCAACUUGGUGGAGGCUAAUCAGGUUUUCAUCAUGGACAGUUGGUGGAAUCCUGCUCUAGACACAGGCCAGGCUGCCGAUAGAAUCCAUAGAAUCGGGCAGUUCCGGCCCAUCCGCAUUGUCAAGUUGGUCAUAGAGGACAGUAUUGAGUCCAGAAUCAUCGAGUUGCAGGAGAAGAAGGCCAACAUGGUCAAGGCUACUUUGGAUAAGGACCAGUCUGCUGCCAACCGCUUAACUCCGGCCGACAUGCAGUUUUUAUUCAACAAUUAG